AUGGCUGUGCUACAGACUUCAGGUGUGAUGUGUGUGUGUGUUUUUCUGCUCUGCGCUGGACUUCACUUCGUAACAGGAGGGGUGCGAGACAUCAGCGGUUCUCCAGGAGAGUCUGUGCUGCUUCCCUGCAGUGAUGGACACUCACAGCAUAAAGAUAUCCAGUGGAGACACUCAGAUAUCGGGGAAACACAGAACUCAGCGGACGUCAUGACGGAUCAGCGAUAUAAAGGCCGGGUUCAGAUUCACGGGAACCUCUCGCUGUCCAUCACUCAACUCACUCUAGACGACUCAAGAUCAUAUUGGUGUAAAUCAACAGAGAGAGUAAAUCUAAUAAUUGAAGGUUGUUCUAUAUCCGGGAAUGAAACAUCAGUGGCGAUCAGCAGAUAUCCAGGAGAAUCCGUGUUUCUGUCCUGUUCGGUCAAAUGCAGCGCUCGUGGUGAACUAGAGUUCAGAUGGAAAUUACCAAACAGAGAACUAAACCAGACGACUAACUCUAAUGAACUGAAUCGACUCUAUCAGGGCAGAAUUCACAUGUUUAAUAUACCUUCAGGAAAUUUCUCUCUGCUGAUUUCUAAGCUGACGGAGAAAGAUGAAGGACUGUAUUUAUGCUGGAUUAAUGAGAAUCAACACAAGAGCUUCAGUCUCACUGUUAAAGCAUCUGUAGAAGCUCAGAGGGCUGUGUUCCCCUGCAGAACUCCUGUUCUCACCAGGUGUAUGUAG